GCGCAAAGCCCCCGUAGAGAGUAAUUGUUUUCAAUUGGGCUUCACACAUCUUGAACAACUUAUUACUCAACUCCUUCGCCGAGAUAUCGUACUGGAAAGCUCGACGCAACUUUAGUAAUGUCCUCUCCAGCCUCCGAUUUCUUCCCUAAUGCGACACCAAGCGUUCCAACGGUGCCUUUUCAAGUAAAUCCCAUUUUGGGACUGAUUGUAGAAGUCGUGAUUUUACUUCUGAUUUGUGGACAUUUCUUUAUAAUUACAACUCUCGGUUUAUACAAGCCGUGGAAUAUUGCCGACCUGUUGUUGUUUUCGUUGUCCGUGGCGGAUGCCCUGAAUGCUGCGUUACCCCUGCAAAUGUUGAAUGUACUGAAUAACUUUAUUGGUCCAGAGACAUGGAAUGAAGCCUCAUGUGCUGUUUUCGUUAUACUGACAUAUACAUUCCGUAUUGCCUCAGUGUGCACAAUAACACUGAUAUCUGGCGACAGAGCUAUUCUAUUGACAAGACCGCUUCAACAUCAUGUCAUCGUUACGAUAGAGAGGGCGAGAGUAGCUGUCAUUGCAAUCUGGCUAUUCUCUAUUUUCAUGUCGAUUUUGCCGUUUAUUGGGGUUGGGAAAACGGGGUAUCGGAAAGGCUUCUGCUUUUACCAGCUGUACGAUUUCGGAGUGGCAUACGGUUACAUCAUUGAAAGCAUUGGUAUCGUGCAGUUAAUUCUCGUCUUGAUCUGUUUUAUUGCAAUCAAGUUAUCAAGCAGCAGGUUUGUGAAGCGCCAGUCGACGAUGGCGGCUUCCAGGCAAACUGGCGGGAAAAACAAGCAAGCGCGGGAAACGGCUGGCACACGGCAAGUAAAGCAAAUGUCCACUAUGAUGGCCAUGGUGGUGUUGCUGUAUUACAUUAGUUGGUUACCUUAUCUGGUAAGUUUAUCCGAGCGUGCGUGCGAGUCUUUUGCAUGUAGCCGUGUGUGUUUUUAAAUCGAACAUUACCACUAGAUUCCUAUGAAAAUAACAAUCCUUAGACCUGCCUCAAUGCUAAUUGAAGAUUUACUCAUGUUGCAGCAAAAACCCUGAAAAUAUUUGAAAACAAUUCAGUCUGGCAGCAUUUCAAAAGACGCGUAUUUGUACACAAAAAUUACUGAAUAUUUCAAUUCCAAUUACAGCGGAUGGAUGGUCUAAUAAAGCUGUGCACACAAAAAUAUCUUACGUUUCCCUCAGAUGAUUACAGUUUUGUCGAUUGGUAAUUAGUUUUCCAAAACAAGUGUUUGAAAAGAAAAUUUUCCCGUUUGUGUCCAUAUGUUUAUCACGUUUAUAUGAACUCGUCAGCGACAGUCGAGAAAUGUGAACCAGUGUAAAAUGAAUUACUGUUUGUAGUUGAGUAUUAAUUGCUUUCUGGUCGAUGACAUUGGAUCACAUCGUUUGUUUCCCUCGCUUUAAUGGGUUUCGAUAAACUUUGCUUGAAUUCGAUGUUCAAAGCUAACUAACAGAAGGAAUAAACACGACGAAAGCAAGCAGAUGUUGUUUCAAAAACUUCAUUUCAUGGAAAAUUGUGUGUCGUCUUUCCUCAGCCCUGAAAGCUUGGAACUUAAUUGUGGUAAUGAAAUUAUUCACGGUUCCAGCAAUAACUCUUAUAGUCUCCAAUGUUUUGCAUAAAAGCAUUUCAACUUCCAUUCAACAAGCAAAUAUUUACCUUUUGAAAAAUGAGAGUAAACGCUUAGUAAUCUGAAAUUCUUUUAAUUCCAAUGGUCCUAAUUCGUCAAUGGCACCUUGGAAACCAAUCGUUUCGUUUCACCUGACGACGGCUUCCAACAUAUUAAUUCGAAUCACUUAAUUUUGUCUUUUCUUCAGCCUAGCAUUGUGUAUAGUUCUAUAAAACAAUGGAGGGAUUACCGACUUUACCUGGUUGCUUUCUCAGCCAUGUUUUAAAGUUUUCAAGUUCUUUACCAGUCUUUUAGCUAGCUUCUCAUUUUUCUCCUUUGUGGGCUUGCAGUUAGCUAGCAAGUUAGCUUUCGUAACUGAAUCACUCCUUCCAAAAUCUCUCGUUCUCUGGAAGGUUUAAUCCCAUCAAUCGAAAGAGAACAAAUUAUUUCCUCCAAUUGCGUAUUGAGUUCAUUGCAGCUUAAUUCAGGCAUUGCGUAAUGAAAACAAAUUGAUAAACAAUAAUCAGCUGUAAUCGAACUAGUAUGUGUUGAAAGAUUGCGACAAUUUGGAAAGCGAAGGCGAAGAACAUUCUUCAAAAAAUGUUUCCUUGCCUUUUGUAGCUUUGGGAGGGCGUUAGGAUAGCGAUUUUUUUUCUUUCAAUAAAAACAUUUUCGUUCCGCUGUUUACUUGCGAUACCGCGCAUGUUUUGAAAAAAGUGAUUUGAACGCACUAAUUUUUGACUGAUUGCAUCGAUCGAUAUGAUUGACAUGAAAGAAAAGCUUAGUAUUUCUCAAACAACCAUGCCUCCCGUUCCUGAGAUGAGACUAUUAGAAUCUUAACUUUUCGUGUCCGCUUCAUUGUUUCAUUGGGUUGUGGGAAUUGGGCAUUGACAAAGCUUGUUGACCAACCCCACUGGUGUUUGGUCAAUACCAAACAAGAUAACUUCAUGCAGUUUGAAUCGAAAGCAUAAAUGACUUUAUGUAUGUGCCAGGGUUUGCAAAGAUAUUACAGUUAAUUAAGCGAAAGUAGCAGUUAGAAGUUCAAUUUACGAGAUAAUGGUCUUGAGUUUGAACAGCGUCCAUCAAAUAAUCAGUCAUGUAAACCCAUAAUUAAGUAACACAGAACCGUAGCAGUCAAACGUUAGGCAUGCGCGAUCAAUUUUGGUUGCGCGCGUCAAUUUCCCGCGCAAAAUUUCAAAGGAAAACAUAACAACAACCGCUGUCUCGCAAAAUAAGGGAAAGAUAAUUGAAACGUUCGUAGAAAUUUGUAGAAAGAAGGGACCCUUCUCUCUACAAAGGAAUUACUUUAGACCUCUCGGAAACGAAGCUUAUUCAAUUACGGGUAUUCUGUUGAUUUACCACUCUAUUAUAAGGUUGCCAAAAACGUUAAACGAUUAUGAAACACCAUGACUUACCGACAUGUGUAGUUGUUUGUUACCCGUGUGAGAAAAUUUGGUUAUGACGGCCUGAAAGCAUGCUACCUUGUCAUUACAAUGUUUGCACAUACACAGACGUUUCACCACAGUGUUGACUAGGUGUCUCAAAUAUUAAUUAUUAUUUAUUGUUUUUUUUUUUCAGUUAAUAAACCUCUACAGUAUGGUAACAGGGAAAUUCAACCACUCCCAAGUUAUCUUAGUUGGCAUGCUAUCUCUUGUAAACGCGCUCAUCAACCCCAUCUUGUACGGGAAAAUGAGCCUGCGAUACCGUCAGGGUUACAUUUUCAUCUUCAGGAAAAUAUUAUCUUUGUGUGGUGCGUCAAAACCCGACGGCUCAUUCUUUGGUAAGAUUCUCAUCAAACGAUUCUUAGAAGUUCGUUCGUUUUUAGAAGUAUAAAAUAAAGCAUAUUCUUUCAAAUUUCCAAAUUUUAGAUGGAUAUGACCAUCGCAAACUUUGUCGCUUCUCCCUUUUAGAAUAAGUCAAGUUGUUGAUGUUUCUGCAGGGGUACCCCACCUGUCAGCCAGCAUUAUUGAACUGCUCCAUGAAGGAAGUUGGAGUGGAAGAGGAAAGAGGAAAGGCGUUUUGAAUUGAUAUGUGGCCUUCUUUUCAAAUAGAUUUAUCCAACAUUGCAGUCUCUUGGUCUACACCUGGGUGAAAAUGAACUUUAGUUCACCACUAUUUUAGUCCCCUUUGCAGUUAUUGUUUAGUGUUGUCACACUCUGAGAGGUGUUGCGUGACGAAAUAAUACCAAAUGACGCAUGCGUGAGAGGCCAUUCUUUGUUUGUCACAUAUCUUUCUAAUCUGUUAUAUUUGUCACAAUUUCUCUCACAGACGGUACACGUCGCGCUGCUUCGAAAAUUGCAAGAAACUCGACAGCAGGUACUUCCUGCAAUGCCAGACAUAGCAUUGAUGCUGCAUUUCAAGAUGGCGGAUUUAAGGGCGCUAAAGAAGAAUCUUCAACGAGAAGAGCCGGCGUACGAUUUGAAGUCAACAACAAAGUGGAUAAUGAAGCAGAGGAAAGAGCAUCAAAUGCGUUUCUCUUGGUUGAAGACGGCAAUGCUAACUUGAGAAGUCCAGAUACCAGUUCAUUGCAAACUUCUUUACGGAGCGAAGAUGAAGACAUAAAGAAGAUUAAUGGAGAAUAUUCACCGCUGGAUGAAAGUUAUGACAGCGUGCUGUAGAUAAAUGACUUUAGAAGUCUAAUGCCAAUUUAGUUUCACUUCUUCUGUCCAAAAAGGAACGCAGCUAACAAACACAAGACCAAUGAUGGUUGGCGGAGAUUUGGGGAGAGUGAUUGAUUUGUUGUUGGUGAAGAUUUUGGACCCCAUGAACCUUCACAAGACCUAUAAUGGAUGAGCUAGACAAGAUACUGAAAAUCCAAUUGCGUUUAGAAUCGUUAAGCCUUUUUAUGCAGCGAAUCUAGUUUUAAGCUAAAAAGAGGCCCUUGUUUGAUGUUAUCGGCCAUUUCCCUCAUUUGAGGAUGUUUUGUCUCCAAUGGUGAAGAAAAAAUUGAAAGGAAACGGUGGUAUUGAAUGCAAAUGG